UUUAAUAAUUAUCCAGACAACUGGUGGAGAUCUACCACAAAGCAGCCCACACCCAGAUUUGUUACCUGAAACCCGGCAUAUCCUCGAUGGCCAACGGUAAUAAUAAGGGGACUGAAGCUGCUUCUGGACACGGACACGGUGCCAGUGCUGGUGCCGGUCCCAGGCCUGGAGCCGGCUCGGGCAUUGGCGGCUCCUCCAAGCUGUCCCUUUGCCUGAUACACUUCGUCCUGGCCAUUAGCUCGGGACUGGGACUAAAGCACAGCAUUGGCCGCUAUGCCCAGGCCGCCUUUGGCAUUUUCUUCGGCCACAGCCUGCUGUGUCUGCUGCGGCACACACAUCCCAAUCCGGGAACAGUGCAACGCCAAAUCUGCGACAAAUCGCGCCGCUACGCCUCGGUGCUCUUCAUCACCCUCAUCAUUGGCGAGCUGCAGCAACUGAACAGGCAGCUGCAGUUGGGCACGAUUGCCGGCGCCGACUGGCAGUGGAUCUCCCUGAUGCUGUGGUCCACCACCCUGACGCUGGCCAUCAGCAAUCAGUGCCUGGGCGGCCGUAGCGCCUUGGGAGCGAAGAUCGUUCAGCUGGAUGCCGCCAAUCAGGGCCUGUGUGUCGUCUGGAACAUCUACUGUCUGUGGCACAUUGCGAUUGUCGAUGAGUUCUGGUGGUCGCUCGGUCUGGCCCUGCUCGUGCUCAUGAAUCACUUUGUUCUGUGGCGCCUGCCGCUGCAGUUCAACAUCACCCAAAUGGAGGUCGGCACGGUGGGCAUGUGCUUCUCCGUCAUCUUUGCCAUCAAUGCCAUUCAGGAGCAAUUGGAUGCCAGCUGAGGGCCGGUGCUCUUGCCCUUGUAUACCACCCCCCCUGAUGGUGGUGGUGCCGGAGGCUCAUUUAAGGUUUCCGAUUGAUUAGGAUUUCAUUCCAUAUACCUGUGGCAAGAUAUCUUUCAUGGACUUUUUGGAACAUUUUCAUGGAGAUCUGUAAAGGCAUUUUGGAUUGAGCUGCUUGGCAUAGGAUUGGUGUGUGUGUGUGCUUUGAGGUUUAUGUUUACGCUUCCCAUUCCAUAGAUCUAGAUUCUAGAGAAACGAAGAGGCUCUUGGUGGCAUGUUUUCCGCAGAUUCCAGGCAGUUAAACUAAACUUAAAACGUCAAGAAUGAAUAUAGAUUACAUAUAUUAAUAUUAAUUAAGGCAAAAGCCAUGUCUUGGUAUAUGUAAGUGACCAGAAUCUGGCAGGGCAGCUCAUCGUUAGCCCCUGCAUUCGUUCCCGAUGAUUGCCAAGGGCAGCUUUGAGCUCCCCCAUUCGUGCUAGCACAUCCUGUUUGUGGGCAAGGCGAUGUAGUACGAUGAAUGCUUUAAACAGCUUUGACAGCCUUUCAAAAAGAAUGCAACUCGAUGCUCAUAAUCUUGUAGUCAUAAGGACACCCCACUGGGCUUGGGAUUAUACCAUUAGGUCCUUCAUUUAGUCCUAUAUCUGUAGAGACGAUAACAACACAUUCUACCAUUACAAAAGGUAGAAAACCAGCGCCUUUUUCUGUACAGAAUUCAAAAUAUGGCACAGAAGUUGUUAAAUGAUUUACAUAGAAUAAUAUUUCAAGCCCUUAUUGCCAGCUCCUUCCACAGCUUGUAGACCCCGCAAAAAGACGGCACUGAAAACAGUUCCUUCCUCUGGCUGGGACUAUCCUCUUAAUAUUGGUUUUAGUACACUUUUUUCUUUAUUGGUAAUUGUAAAUCUAUUUAAAUUUAUAUCUAUAUAUGUGGUUUGUGGGGCCUUGGAGCUACUCUGUCUGGAUCACUCUAAUUCUCCUUGUCUGUGUGCCUAUAUCUAUGUAUAUGU